GCCGCCGCCGCCAUGGGCUGAGGGGAGAGGCGGCAGUGGCGGUGGGAGGGGGUUCAGCGGCUCCAGGCUGGGCGCCCCGAGGAUGGAGAGAGCUAUGGAGCAGCUCAACCGGCUGACGAGGUCCCUGCGCCGCGCCCGCACGGUGGAGCUGCCGGACGAUAAUGAAACUGCUGUCUAUACACUAAUGCCGAUGGUUAUGGCUGACCAGCACAGGUCUGUCUCAGAGCUGCUAUCAAAUUCAAAAUUUGAUGUGAAUUAUGCAUUUGGACGUGUGAAGAGAAGUUUGCUUCAUAUUGCAGCAAACUGUGGUUCAGUUGAAUGCCUUGUUCUAUUAUUAAAAAAAGGAGCAAAUCCAAACUAUCAGGAUAUUUCAGGAUGCACACCUCUCCAUUUAGCAGCAAGGAAUGGCCAGAAGAAAUGUAUGAGCAAGCUGCUGGAAUACAGUGCAGAUGUCAACAUUUGUAAUAAUGAAGGUUUGACUGCAAUUCAUUGGUUGGCUGUCAAUGGACGAACAGAAUUGCUUCAUGAUCUUGUUCAGCAUGUCAGUAAUGUAGAUGUUGAAGAUGCAAUGGGACAGACAGCCCUUCAUGUAGCUUGUCAAAAUGGACACAAGACAACGGUGCAGUGUUUGCUAGACAGCGGUGCGGAUAUAAACAGGCCGAAUGUGUCAGGGGCAACUCCACUCUAUUUUGCUUGCAGCCAUGGUCAGAGAGACACUGCACAAAUUCUUUUGAUGAGAGGAGCCAAAUAUUUACCGGACAAAAAUGGUAUUACUCCACUGGAUCUCUGUGUACAGGGUGGUUAUGGAGAGACUUGUGAAGUCUUAAUACAAUACCACCCUCGACUUUUCCAGACAAUAAUUCAAAUGACGCAGAAUGAAGAUCUACGGGAAAACAUGUUGCGGCAAGUUCUGGAACACUUGUCUCAGCAGAGUGAAAGCCAGUAUCUUAAAAUCCUGACAAGUCUUGCUGAAGUUGCUACAACAAAUGGUCACAAACUGCUUAGCUUGUCAAGUAAUUAUGAAGCUCAAAUGAAGAGUCUCUUAAGGAUCGUGAGGAUAUUUUGCCAUGUCUUUCGCAUUGGCCCAUCCUCUCCCAGUAAUGGAAAUGACAUGGGCUACAAUGGAAAUAAAACUCCAAGAAGUCAGGUGUUCAAGGUCAGAAAAGUAUAUGAUGUUGUUAGGAAGAUAGACGUUAAAGAGAUGAAUUUCACAAAGCAUGCAUUCAUUAAUCAGACAUCUCAUGAACAGGAACCGCUGGAACUGCUCUGGCAUUCUCUAGAUGAAUGGCUUGUUCUUAUAGCCACGGAGCUGAUGAAAAACAAAAGGGAUUCUGCCAACAUUACUUCUAUUUUACUGAAGCAAAAAGGACCAGAUCACCAGGAUGCUGAUGCUCCUACGCCUUCCUUUGCUGCUGCAGGAGCCGAGGGCAGAAAAGAGCUAUCCACGGAUGCUGGCGAGUCGAAAACAUACGAUGUUGCCGGGAAGCAGGAAGCUUGUGCUGAUUGCCAGGAUGUUAUCUCCAUGACAGCAAACAGGCUAAGUGCUGUCAUUCAAGCCUUUUAUAUGUGCUGCUCCUGUCAGAUGCCUCAGGGGAUGACAUCGCCUCGUUUUAUAGAAUUUGUCUGUAAGCAUGAUGAUGUCCUUAAGUGUUUUGUUAACCGGAAUCCCAAAAUAAUUUUUGAUCACUUUCAUUUUCUUCUUGAGUGUCCUGAACUAAUGUCCAGAUUUAUGCACAUCAUAAAAGCUCAGCCAUUUAAAGAUCGCUGUGAAUGGUUCUAUGAACAUCUGCAUGCUGGGCAGCCAGAUUCGGACAUGGUGCACAGGCCUGUCAAUGAAAAUGAUAUCCUUUUGGUUCACAGAGAUUCUAUUUUUAGGAGUAGCUGUGAAGUUGUGUCUAAAGCAAAUUGUGCAAAACUAAAGCAGGGGAUUGCUGUGAGAUUUCAUGGAGAAGAAGGCAUGGGACAAGGUGUGGUGCGUGAGUGGUUUGAUAUCUUAUCCAGUGAAAUAGUUAACCCAGAUUACGCCUUAUUUACCCAGUCAGCUGAUGGAACAACUUUCCAGCCCAACAGCAACUCUUCUGUAAAUCCAGAUCACUUGAACUACUUCCGUUUCGCAGGCCAGAUCCUGGGGCUAGCUCUGAAUCACAGGCAGUUAGUGAACAUCUACUUCACGAGGUCAUUCUACAAACAUAUUCUUGGUAUACCUGUAAAUUAUCAGGAUGUAGCAUCUAUUGAUCCAGAGUAUGCAAAGAACUUGCAGUGGAUUUUAGAUAAUGAUAUCAGUGAUCUGGGUUUAGAGCUGACCUUCUCUGUUGAGACUGAUGUGUUUGGAGCAAUGGAAGAAGUGCCAUUGAAGCCAGGGGGUGCAAGUAUACUUGUUACACAGGAAAACAAGCUUUGGAAUGGAGCUGCUCUCUGAAUCUGAACAUCAGAAUAAACAUUGAUCCUUGUCUCACAGUAUAUGGGGUUGUCAAAUCGGGGAAGCAUGAUCUCUGCUUGAUUUACCUCAAAGGAAAAUACAGAACAACCCCUCACUCAAAAUGACUUUGUCAUCAUAUUUGUGAUGCUUGUCUCAUGUGUGUUCAAUCAAAUCUCCCCUCUUAAAAGAAGGCUGGAUUGUACCUUUUAUGCACUAUGUAGGAAUGCAUAUAUAGAUCUGAAAUUAUGUAGAUACUUCUGUUUUGUAAUGUGCUCCUAAGGCUUCUGAGAGGGAAUAAAAUGUAAAUGAAGUGAACAGAGAGGAAAAAAAAAAAAAUUGACCAGGUUUUUUUUACUGACAUGUAUUACGUGAAUUCUGUGGUACAGGGCUUUAAGCGUGCGCUAGUGCUGAUAGUCAGGAUGCUCGGUUGUUCCAGGCUAUUCAAAACAUUUCUUGUUACACCGAAAGCACAGCAACUGUUUUCUCUCAUAAUGAAAGAGUUCAGUGUAACUAUUUUUGUAAUGCAGAAAAUAAGUGCGUGUCUUAUUUUUUCUAAUGGAUUUUUUUAAAAAUAAGAUUGUGAAUUUUUUUCUACAACCCUGUUUUCUGAAUAGCCUUGUUUAUGUAACAGCAACUUAAGAGAUGUAAAACAAAUAUUUCUGAUCAUUGAAGACCAGUGGUAACACUACUUCUAAUCCUGGUAUUAGUAAAGUUUCUGAUUUGUUCCUGGCGUUCAUAAGAUGUAUUCACAGAGGCUGACUUUUGUCUAGUGCAGUUAACCUCCUUUCGUUACCCCUGUAAUUCCUUAAAGAAGGGAGGUGUUUUCAGUUCCACUGACAGUAGAAGCAACCUAGGGGUAUUACUAGAUUGAGACUAGAUUUUUGGGAACAGCUCUGCAGUUGAAGAUAUGAUUAGGUUACAUUUCUCUUCUUCAGAGCACUUCACACAUUAAUUGUCUUCUCACUCUAAUAAAAUGAUGGUAAUGCAUUUAAAUAUAUCUUCCAACUGCAAAGCAAAUGAUAAUCCCUUUAUACUUCUGUGAAUGUAAGGAACUGCCUUUGAAAAAUAUUCUAUGUUUUAAAAUGUUUAUACUUCGUUCUGUUUUUCUGAAAUGGAGGGAAGAAAGAAUGCUUGGUUGCUUUUGUGCAGGUUCAGAACAUAAAAGUUUAGGUUAAUGUUUUAAAAUUAAAAAUCAAGGUAGUAUUUUUGUAAGAUUAUUGUCUUGAAGAAAGGUGAUAGUUGAGAUGGAUUAAUUGGGAGAUAUGUUUCAUGAUUUCAUUAUUAAAAAUGCAUUACUUUGAGUACCUUUAAUCUAGGAGUAAAUUUUAUUCUCAAGUAGAAAUCUCUUUUUUCAAGUGAAGAAACUUUAUUAGAUUUGCAUGGUUUUGUCAGGGUGGAUGAGACAUGUUUAUACAGCUUUACUGUAGGCACUUCUGUCUGCCUUAUUCUGAAAACCUCCCUCCAUUAACCGCCUCUUAGGUUUUUGUGUUUUCAACAAAAGCAAGGUUGUGGCGGAUUCCUUUUCUAACUGGCAUCUUUUAAAGGGGACGGAAUCCCCAAAUCUCUAAAGCAUGCAAACUAUGAUAUUGUCUACUCACAUGGCUAUGGUAUAAAUGCUUUUUUUUCUCCCUGAGUUAUUUCAGUUUGGUUAAUAGAAUGUUUUUCUUUACAAACAUUGCCUUGUUUAUGUCCUUAGAUGGUCGCAAUGGUGGUUGUAUUAGAUGCAGGCAUGACAAACUAAGGUCUAUUCACUUCCUUUACCUUAGUCCAAAUCCCUGGUUUUUGACUGGUUUGUGUUAUGAUUUAAACACUUCUGUUUGGGAAUUGCUUUUGGAAGGAGGGAAGGAAAGGGGAAGAAUAGAAGGGGCUCUGAACUCCGAGAGGUCUUCCAAAUUAUUUUGGGUGGUUUCUGUGUGUGAAAAGUGCAUAGGGACUCUUAACAUCUUACAGUAGAUGAGAUUUGUAAUGUAUUGAGGACUGCAUUUGUGUGUGUGUGAGUUUGCAUGAGCACU